GCCAUGGCUUCCCGGGCGGCGGGAGCCGCUCCCGCAGGGGCCGGCGGGCCGCCCGCCGAGGAGGAGAUGCCCGAGCUGUCCGACGGCGAGGAGGCCUGGGAGGAGGAGGAGGAGGAGGAAGGCGCCGCCGAGGGCCUGCGGACCCGCUGCCUCUUCUGCGACAGGUUGUUUAGUUCUGCUGAAGGUGUAUUCUCCCACUGCAAGGCAGAGCAUCAGUUUAAUGUUUGUGAUGUGAUCAAGAAACACGGACUUGAUUUUUAUGGAUACAUUAAACUAAUAAACUUUGUUAGAUUAAAGAAACCAACAGGAGCAUAUUUGAGUUGUCUCAACAGCCCGCUGCCUUGGGAAGGAGAGGAGUAUUUGAAACCAGAGCUAGAAGAUGACCUCCUACUUCAGUUUGAUAUAGAAGAUCUUUGUGAACCUGUGAAUGUUUUGCCUUCUAAUGGUUUAAGUGAUACCCUGGUGCUCCUUGAACAAUUAAAACGUGCAGAACACAGAGCAAGACUUGCAGAAGCAGCCUUGGCUAGAGCACAAGAUGAUCUUCAAAAAAUGAAACAAUUUGCACAGGAUUUUGUGAUGAACGCAGAUGUCGGGAGCAGCUCGUCAUCCAGCGCCAUUGCAGACCUUCACGAGGAUGAGGAUGGUGUUUACUUCAGCUCCUAUGGGCAUUAUGGGAUACACGAAGAGAUGCUAAAGGAUAAAGUGCGUACAGAAAGCUAUCGUGACUUCAUGUAUCAAAACCCACAUAUCUUCAAGGACAAGGUGGUUUUGGACGUUGGCUGUGGAACUGGAAUACUCUCUAUGUUUGCUGCCAAAGCAGGCGCGAAGAAAGUGAUUGGAGUCGACCAAUCUGAAAUCGUCUAUCAGGCCAUGGACAUCAUUAGGUUAAAUAAACUUGAAAAUAUCAUUACAUUAGUCAAAGGAAGAAUUGAAGAGGUAGAUCUGCCCGUGGAAAAAGUGGAUGUAAUUAUAUCUGAAUGGAUGGGUUAUUUCCUUCUCUUUGAGUCAAUGCUGGAUUCGGUCAUCUAUGCAAAGGACAAGUACCUGGCAGAGGGAGGCUCAGUUUAUCCUGAUAUUUGCACCAUUAGCCUAGUAGCUGUUGGGGAUAUGAAUAAACAUGUGGACAAACUACUUUUCUGGGACGAUGUAUAUGGCUUUGACAUGUCUUGCAUGAAGAAGGCUGUAAUUCCAGAAGCUGUUGUGGAGGUGCUGGAUCCAAACACACUGAUAUCCACAGCCAGUGUCAUUAAGCAUAUCGACUGUGAUACUGCAUCCACUCCAGACUUAGAAUUCUCUUCAGAUUUCACCCUGACCAUUACGACGAGCACAAAGUGUACGGCAGUUGCUGGUUAUUUUGAUAUAUUUUUUGAGAAGAACUGUCACAACAAGGUCUUGUUUUCAACUGGUCCCCAGUGUACCAAAACACACUGGAAGCAGACAGUUUUUCUCCUGGAGAAACCAAUUCCUGUAGAAGCAGGAGAAGCCCUGAGAGGAAAGAUAGCGGUCCGCAAAAACAGAAAGGAUCCACGGUCCCUCUUUAUAACCCUUUCAGUGAAGGACACACAGCAGACCUACAGCCUGCAGUGAAA